AUGGUACUCGGUGGGUAUCGCCUCGUCGAUGUUGUUGUUGGUGCUGCGUUGUUGCUCAGUGAGUCGGUGAUGCUCGAUGGUUUGCUGUGGUGGGGGCUGCUCGGUGGGUUUGCUGUCGGUGUUGUUACUCGGUGGGGUCUGCUCGGUGAGAAGAAGGAGAUGAGAAUGGAAAGGAGGAGAGAGAAAGGAGAGAUGUAUUCUUUGAAGAUCAUCUUCUUACGCAAUCCCAACCUCUAUUUAAUCCUCUACACUUUCACCACCCUCCCACUAGCCAUCCUCAUAACUUCCAACUCCGUCUCCGCCACGCCACGCUUCCUUAAAUCUCACAUCGCCCGCCUUCAAUGGCUCGUCGAUGUGGUUCCUAUUUGGAUAGAAGCAGCCAAUGUUCAAGACGAGUCUCGAGCUGACUCGAGGAAGCUUCUUCGUCGUAAGCUCCUUCACGGUGUUCCUAUUCUUGUGUUGUCAUUGAUUGCUUUGACUACUAUUGUUGUUUCGACUCAUGCUGCUCUACGCAGGAAAAAGAAAGUGACCCUGAGCGCAGCGAUGUCUGCUCUCAGGGUCAAAUGGUCCCCACCCAUACUCACGUGCUUAUUUAACUUUAUCGUGUGGGUGGGGUGGGCCCAUUUGGAUCCCAUCAUAAAUAGAGUCGCCGUCGAGUACUGGUACUUGACGGUGGCCCAGGUGGCGGUCGAGGUGUAUCUAAUGUCAGUGCUUGCAGUUGGGCUUGUCGUGUCUGUAGUAGAGGGCCGGGUCGGGCAUGAAGCGAUAUGGGUUGGGUGGGGUUUAAUGAAAGGAAGGCGGGUUUGUGGGUGGGUUUUGGCGGGCUUGAUACUUUCAAUUUCGGGUUUUAUAGGAAGGCAGAUGAUUGAGGUGAUUAACGGUGAAGAUUUAGCGAAUGAUAGUGGAGGGUACACGUGGACGGUAGAGAUGAGGUUUGGAUGUAUGGUAGGAUUGGUGGUUUUGUUAGGGUGGUUUGUGUUAUGGAGUUAUGUAAUAUUCGCAGUUUUAUAUUUUGAUUGUAGGAAAAGAAAUGUAAUUAAAGAGGAAGAACAAUUAGAUAUUAUUGAUGAUUAUGACUUUUAA